AUGAUUUAUAAACCUGACUUAUUAAAAUCGGACAAGUAGAUAGAUAGAACAAUUAAAAAUUUAAUUUAUGAGGGAAUUAAUUAUUAAGUUUAUGAAAAUAACAAUGGUCAUCUUAUAAAGUAAUACAAAUUUGAAAAUGUUUAUGAUCUAAAUGAAUUGAUUAAAACUUUAGAAUUAGAAUAGUACUUAAGUAAGCAAACUGACAUUCUUUAUGCUCCCCAAUAUUAUUAUGUAGAAGAAAACACUACGAUUUAUAUCCAAUACUAGUUAUUUAAUAAUUUGCUGAAAUAAGUGAUAUAAUAAAACUAAAGUGAUGCCCUAAAAUAAAAGGAGGAUUAAGAAUUAUAUAAUGAAUUGAUUGAUGAUGAAGAAAAGAUUUAUGAAGUAAACCCAUAGGAUUAUGCAAAAGAAUUGCAACUCAAAACAUAGAAUCUUAAAGUAACCUAGAAUUUAAUAAACACUAUCAUAAAAUUAUAUGAAUUGGAAUUAAAUGGUUUCAUGAUUAAAAACAUAAAGCCAACCAAUAUUAUCUAUAAUAUUGAGAAUUUGUAAUUUAUGGAUAACUUUUUACAAAGCAUCAAAUUUGAAGUUAGUCUAGAAGAGUAUCUAAUCUUGGAUUUUGUAAAACAAUAAUACUAGAGUAAUAAUUAAAGCUUAAAAAAUCUUGGUAGAUGUUACAUGCAAUUGUACUUAUUAAUUGAGAUUGAAGAUUAACAAGAAACUGAGUAUUUAGAAUUGAUCAAUAAAUAUUAUGGUUCUAAAAUCUAUAAUUUAAUCAGAAUAAUGAUAGAAAGCGAGUAUAAAUAUUUUACUUCGAUAAUGCAAUCUCAAGAAUUUUUGGAGCUAAUUACUCCGCUAAAUAUACUUGAUAAUAAGCAGCUAUUUAUUCAAUUUUUUGAAAAAAAAUAGUAAAAGAAAGAUGAGAUUUGGGAAAGGAUAAAAAAGAAUUUUGAGAUUGAUUAAUAAUAACAAGUCUGGUAAAAGUAUUAAAAGUCAAAUUUAUAAUUCAUGAUAAAAGAAAAAGAAAUCGCAAAAUAUAGAGUAGAAUAUAAGGUUUCUAAUAUUAAUACGCAUAAACUUGAGUAUGAUAUUACAGAUAUGGUGAUAAUUAAUCAGCAGGUUAAUUAGAAUUAUGAAAGAGCCAUCCUCCUAACAACUAUUUAAGGAAAAAUAAUUGUUCAUUCUAAUACAACUUUAUUAAAUAUAUUCUAAUGUAGUCUUAAAUCAUUGAGAUCAGCAAUCAAAUUCAAAUUGGAGAAAAAUAUAUAUGUAGCAAUAGCAGGAGACGAUAAAAUCGUUUAUGUUUAUAACUAGAAUGAGCUUUAGAAUUCAUCUCCAAAGAUAUUUUGCUAAAUUGCCAAUGAAACAACAAAGCAAAUUUAUUCAUUACUCUCUUAUGAUAAGUUUUUGAUAUUUGGUGAUGAGGUGGGAUCAAUUUAUAUUUAUAAGAAUUGGACAUUUAGUACUAAUUUGAGUGCUCAUUCAAAAAGAUGCAAUAAACUUUAUUAUUUUAAUAAUUAAUUAAUCAGUGUCUCCCAUGAUCAAACAAUUAAGAUUUGGGACAGUUUUAAUUUUUUAAUCAAACAUAUAAUUACUGGACACACAGCAAAUAUAUUAAAUUUAUUUAUCUUUGAUUAUUAUAUCUAUUCAUUCUCUGAAGAUAAGAUGAUUAGAUUUAUUCAAUUUAACAAUACAACAUAAAAAUAUGAUUUUGUCUACUAAACCAAGUUUGAUUCUGCAAUAUAAUCCUGCAUAUAGUAUAAUGAAUAGAUAAUGAUAUUUGGAAAUAAAGCUGGAUAAUUAAUAGUUUACAAUAUAAAGGAUAGAAUGAUUUUGCAUACACAUAAAGUUCAUUUGAAUACUAUAUUAGCCAUCAAUUGGAUAUCUCAUUCUUAAGGUUAAUUUAUAACCAUAGGAUAAGACAAGAUAUUUAGAAUUAAUGCAAUAUAAAACUGA